AUGCGUUCAUCUAUUACUAUAUUUUUUGUUUUAUUCAAUAUUCUUUUAUGUUUUGUAUGGUCAGCAGCAAAAAAACUUAAAGAUGAAGAUUUUUCUGAAUUUGAUGAUUUUGAUGAAGAUGAAUUUAUUGUUGAAACUCCAUCUCCGUCCGGUGCUAGUCCUUUACCAUCUAAAACACAAUCAAAUCAACCAGAUCUAACAAAUAAUGAUGGAUCAUCUCAGCCAUCAUCAAGUAAAACAACAGAACAAAAAAUCAAUGAUGAUGUCACUAUUGAUGAUGAUGAUGAUCUUAUAUUUGAUGAAGAAGAAUUUGAAGCGUCUGAUUCAUUUACAUCUUCAUCGUCAUCGUCAAUACCAGAUCUUAAAAUUGCUGAAGUUCCUGCUAAUUUAACAGGCAAUCGUUGGGAAGCAUAUCAUUGUGAAGCAAUAAUGAUUAUUGCAUUAUUAAUUUAUUUAAUAAAUUUUCUAAUUGGUCGUUCAAAAAAUGCUCGUCUAGCAACAACUAUUUAUAAUUCACAAUGUGAUUUACUUGAAAGAAAUUUUUCUCUUGUUGGUGAUAAUGGUCAAACACGUAAUAUACAAUCAACAGAUGAACAAACAAGUAAUGAUAUUAUAUUAAAUAAUAUGCAUAAAGAAUCUGAAAGUUUAUAUAUUCUUUGGUGUAGUGGUCGAGUAUCAAUUGAAAGUAUGCUUAUUGAAAUACGUUUUAUAAAACGACAAUGUUUAUUUAAUUCAUUGGCUGCAUUAAUUAAAUCAAUCAAUGAUAUGAUUAUUUAUACCAUUGAUUAUAAUAAAGAUGAUAUGGAAACAUUUGUAUUUUGUUUAGCAAAAAAACGUACAGCUGCUAAAUUACAUCGUGAUAUGAAUGAUCUUAGUCAAUUUUGUUCAGAACGAAAAAAUGCUGACAAACGUGGUUUAAGUGGAAAUUAUCAAAUAUUAAGUGAAAUUGGUGAAGUGUCAAGUACUAUUAUUGAUAAUCGUGUAGCAGAUUUUAUAGACAAAUUUCCAGAUGCACUUGAAUAUAUUCAUAUUAGUGAUCAAUAUACAGGAAUGAAACUACAAAAUGAUAGUCAACAGUCAUCAAAUAAUUCUAAUGUUGCAUCAAAUAAUGAUAGUGCAACACAACAACAAGAUGCAUUAAAUUUAAGUGAACGUUCUGUUCGUCGUGUAUUAAUUGUUGCAUUUAAUUUAAUUGCAUUUAAUGAUCGUUCAUUACAAGUUACAACAGAAACUAUUAGUAGUGAUUAUUUACGUUUUGUAUUGUAUUUAGCUGAUCGUAUUAGUUCAUUUCGUUUUACGUCAAAAGAAUCGAAAAGUAAAACAAUUAAAAAUCGUCAACGUAUUGAAGAACAAUUUUUAAAAAAUGUUUAUCAACAACGACAAGAACAAGCACAACAAAGACGUGAAGAAAAACGUCGGGUUGAAAAAGAAAAAAUUAUGCAAUCUGAUGAUCCAGAAAAACAACGUAAAUGGGAAGAAAAAGAACAUAAACGUGAAAUGAAACGACGACAACCAAAAAUGAAACAAAUGAAAAUUAAAUCCAUGUAA